UUGAGUGAGGUUUUAGAAGAGGCCCUCCCUCCCGAGUGAGCCCUAAAACGUUGGUCUCUAGUCUCUUCUCCCCGCUUUCAUCGUUGAUUGGCUUUAUUGUAUUGUGUUUUUCUGAAGCCCUAGAUUUCGCACUCUCGCUCCACAAUGAAGCUAGUCAGGUUCUUGAUGAAGUUGAACAACGAGACUGUUUCAAUUGAACUCAAGAAUGGAACUAUUGUUCACGGAACAAUUACAGGUGUUGAUAUUAGUAUGAAUACUCAUCUAAAGACCGUGAAACUAACACUGAAGGGGAAAAACCCAGUAACUUUGGAUCAUCUCAGUGUGAGGGGUAACAAUAUUCGCUAUUAUAUCCUUCCUGACAGCUUGAAUCUUGAGACAUUGCUGGUCGAAGAGACACCUAGGGUCAAGCCUAAGAAGCCAACUGCUGGGAGGCCUUUGGGACGCGGCCGGGGACGUGGACGUGGUCGUGGACGUGGUAGAGGGCGCUAGAUAUGUUGCACAAGUUCUAAUUUUUGUGUCAUCUGGUUAUGUAAACACCUAUGUUGUAUGGAGAGUUUAUUGGUAAAGUUAGGAAAUUGAAAGAUUAUAUUAUUGCUAUUUUUGUCAAGUCUUUUGCCUUAGAGGCUAACUAGCAAACUAUGAGCUUUUCUCUUUGUUUGAAUUCCUUCUAAUAGCAGAAAGUUGGGGAUUUAUGAGUUUGUGAUA